AACCGCCGUUAUACCUCAACGAAGAAGAAAAGAUGGCGGAGCAUACGUUACACCACAAUAAUUAUUUUACAAGAGACGUUGAGAAAAACGACGGAUCUGUCUUGAAAAUCAAACAGUGCUUUAAAGGAGACGUCGGUUGUGUGGUGUGGGAUGCAGCAAUUGUCCUGUCAAAAUAUUUAGAAACUAAACCGUUGUAUGACCCUUGCUCGGGCGUGAACAUGUGGGCUAGCAAAAACAUUCUGGAGUUAGGAGCAGGAACAGGAGUUGUGGGCCUUAUGGCAGCAUCUUUGGGGGCUCAGGUUACUGUGACAGACCUCGAGGACCUGCAGUCUCUACUCCAAGUCAAUAUCCAAGACAACCAGGAACUUGUCAGCAGUGGAUCCAUCGAAGCCAAGGUACUAAAAUGGGGUGAAAAUGUGUCAGAGUUUCUACCACACCCACAUUUUAUCCUGAUGGCGGACUGCAUCUAUUAUGAACAGUCCGUGAAGCCACUGGUGGAAACCCUGAAGCACCUGGUUGGACCGGAGACCACCAUCAUCUGCUGCUAUGAGCAACGCACAGUGGGUGUCAACCCCAAAGUGGAGAAACAAUUUUUUGAGUUGCUUCUACAAGACUUCCAGUCUGAGGAGAUCCCUUUGAACAAGCAGGACCCAGAGUAUAACAGUCCUGACAUCCGCAUCCUUCACAUUCGCAGAGCUGUCUGAGUGAAUGAGUGUCUUGUGUAUAUUUGGUUGUCCGGGUUGUGGUAUACAAAUAAUUGAAUUGCACUCAUGUACAGUUCACAUGGUAAUUUAAAUUGAAUGGACCCCAGGGGAGAGCACUAAUGUUGAAAGAACUCAUUUGAAAAUCCUUUAUCGAUAUAUCCAUGUUGUCUUAGUACGGACUAUGAGUUUUACCAGACUGUGAUACUCAUUGCACCAUGAUUCUACAACAAAUCCCAGUUAGAGGUAGACUCCACGAUAUGACUUGGGUGCACAAAGUAAACAGCAUAGGGGAUCAAUUUCUGCAGCAGCUAAGAGUGUUGAACCGUGAGGCUAAACUUCUCUGCUGUUUUGGUCCCGUACCAUGAGACGCAAACUCAUACACGUGCAGAUACUGUGUGUGACUGGGAGCGAAGUCUUGCAUCUCACUCAUCGCAAUAUAUGUGGUGCUGAACGUGGCAACGUCAUUUCGCUGGAUCUACCUUUGAAAAGGAAAAGAAAACAUUCUCCUUCAGGACAUUGUUUUUCUCAUUGCAGUAUUUAACUGUUGGAACACAUUUGUGGGAUGAUUAAGUUAAUUUUUAAUAGAAGUUAAUGAAAUAUAAUUUUAGCUAAUUAAAGUGUCAUACACAGAC